UUUUUGUCACAAACUCAAAUGCAAACAUUUAACAUCCCACAUAUCGACAAUAAAGAAGAUAUGAAGACAAUGAGCAUGAAACUUAAAGAUACGAAGCAAGUAUCUGACUGGCUCUCAUAUUUCCCUGCCCAAAGCAAUGAGAAACUAUUUCAGCUUCCUCUUCCAAGUAAAGAUGAGAGUAAGGUACCAGAAAUCACCAAGAUAUCAGCUCCUCAGCCUAUGAUAACUCUUCCAACUCCUUCAACCCUAUCAUAUUCAUCUGAUCCUUCAGUUUACUGCAAUUGCAGAGAUCCUGAGAUGUAUCAAACUGACUUACAAAAGGGAUCCAAGAUUGAGGAUCUUACCAAGUCAAACGGUAUAUCUUUUGAAGCAGAGGUCAGCUACAAUAAGAAGACUGGCAGAAGCAGAAGAUCCUUGAUUUGUAAUUACCCUGGAUGUGGGAUGAAGUUUACUAAGAGUUGGAAUCUCCUCGAUCAUUCCAGAAGUCAUACUGGAGAAAGACCUUACGCUUGCACACUUUGCAACCUCAGAUUUACCCAGAAAGGUAACCUUAACAAGCAUAUGAAGGUUCAUUCAAACCUCAGUAUUGAAAGCAGGAAGAUUUACAAAUGCGAUCACUGAGACAGAAAGUAUACUGAGAAGUUCAACCUCAACGUCCACAUGAGAAAGCACAAGGGAGUGAAAGUAGAAGUCAGAAAGAAAGCAAAGAGGAGAACCCCCGCUCAGCCCCACCAGGACUCGAAGAGAUUCCAGAAUAAAUUGCUCAAUAUUUCGUGCUAA